UCCGGCCUUGACCAUCCAUCCUCAAUAAUUUUCUCAUCAGCUCCCCCAUUCCUUCCGGCAGCGUGCCGCCAAGGCCACCGCCACCCAAUCUGCUCAUCGAAUCCUCCCGGCCGGCCCGUUAUCGCACCACCACAAAUUAAUGGGGAACUGUUGCUCCGGCGAAGCCUCCGAAGCCCCGGAGCCCGAACGCUCCGGAGAGGGAACCACCUCCCGGGGAGGCGAUGCCAGCAGCAACGCGACCCCGGGGGCGAACAAAAUAAUGACCACGCCUCCCCCGCACGCUUCGACCCCGGGGCAGUCGACGAAGGCGACCCCGAUCGGGCCGGUCCUCGGCCGGCCCAUGAGCGACGUGCGGGCGGGGUACACGAUCGGGAAGGAGCUCGGGCGGGGGCAGUUCGGGGUGACGCAUCUGUGCACGGAGAAGCAGACGGGGGAGCAGUUCGCGUGCAAGACCAUCGCGAAGAGGAAGCUGGUGAACAAGGAGGACAUAGAGGACGUGCGGCGGGAGGUCCAGAUCAUGCACCACCUCACCGGCCAGCCCAACAUCGUACAACUCAAAGGCGCGUACGAGGACAAGCACUCGGUGCACCUGGUCAUGGAGCUGUGCGCCGGCGGGGAGCUCUUCGACCGGAUCAUCGCCCGGGGGCAUUACACGGAACGCGCCGCCGCGUCCCUCCUUCGAACCAUCGUCCAGAUCGUCCACACCUGCCACUCCAUGGGGGUCAUCCACAGGGAUCUCAAGCCCGAAAACUUCCUCCUCCUCAGCAAAGACGAAAAUGCCCCUCUCAAAGCUACUGAUUUCGGCCUAUCUGUCUUCUAUAAGCAAGGUGACGUGUUCAAAGAUAUAGUGGGAAGUGCAUAUUACAUAGCACCAGAAGUGUUGAAGAGAAACUACGGACCAGAAGUUGACAUAUGGAGCAUAGGUGUGAUGCUAUACAUUCUUCUUUGCGGAGUUCCUCCAUUCUGGGCUGAAUCUGAGAACGGAAUAUUCAAUGCCAUAUUGCGCGGUCACGUUGACUUCUCCAGCGACCCAUGGCCAUCCAUUUCACCCGGGGCAAAGGACCUCGUCAAGAAAAUGCUCAAUCCUGACCCCAAACAGAGGCUAACAGCUUUUGAAGUCUUAAAUCAUGCGUGGAUCAAGGAGGACGGAGAUGCACCAGACACGCCACUUGACAAUGCAGUAUUGGAUAGAUUGAAGCAAUUUAGAGCAAUGAACAAGUUCAAGAAAGUUGCUCUGAGAGUGAUUGCUGGUUGCCUUUCGGAGGAAGAAAUCAUGGGGUUGAAGGAAAUGUUCAAAUCCAUGGACACUGAUGGAAGUGGCACUAUUACCCUUGAGGAAUUGAAGCAGGGUCUAGCUAAGCAAGGGACUAAACUGUCUGAAUAUGAAGUCAAACAACUUAUGGAAGCGGCUGAUGCAGAUGGAAAUGGGACAAUAGACUAUGAAGAAUUCAUCACCGCAACAAUGCACAUGAACAGAAUGGACAGAGAAGAACACCUCUAUACCGCGUUCCAGUACUUUGACAAGGACAAUAGUGGCUACAUUACAAUAGAGGAGCUUGAGCAAGCUCUAAGAGACUUUGGCAUGAAUGACGGGAAGGACAUAAAAGAAAUCAUCUCUGAGGUUGAUGGUGAUAAUGAUGGUCGGAUCAAUUACGACGAGUUUGCAGCCAUGAUGAAAAAAGGAAAUCCAGAUGCGGCCGCAAACCCUAAGAAAAGAAGAGAUGUGUCCUUUGUUUCAUCGUAGUCUCUACAUAUAAAUUGCAAGCAUAAUGUAUAUAUUUAUAUGUAAUCACUGUUGUUGUACGUACUAAUUAAUUAGAUUGGUUGUUACGUUGAUGAGAAGAUCAGGCUAUCC